GUUAGUGGUUAUCUAUGGGAGAAAAUACAAGAGGUUUUCUACUUCUGCUGAGUUAUCGACCAAUGACUGUCGAGGCUACGCGCAGCCGUAGCGCUACGAUAGAGAAGCGCGGGGCGCUACACCGUAGACAGAAGCUGCUACGAAUCUGCUACGCCAGGCGACUGAAAAAAUGUGUUAGCACGGUGCGAUUAGAAAUUGAUGUGGGACAUCGGUAGCCAGCAAUGCAGGGGCUCCAAGCCGCGAAAGAGAAGGCCUCAGGCCUCUUCGCCAACAAACCCCUUCUCUUCAAAAAUGCUCAGUAUGAGAACUUCCACGUGGAGCAGAAGGGAUACGAUCAGAUGUACGAUGGCGAAGACCUGGAAACGCCUCCGUCCCCCGACAGGCCGCCGCCAAGACAAAUUGACAAGUACGUGCGGCCCGAGUGUCCAUGCCUGAGCGCUCGCUACACAGUGGCGCUGCUGGCAUGCUUCGGCUUCAGCAUCAUGUUUGGCAUGCGUUGCAACAUGAGCAUGGCCAAGCUGAAGAUGGUCGGCAAACACAACGAAUCAGCAGGUGAACAUACGGAAACUCCGUUCAACUGGACGGUGGAAGUAGAGUCCUCAAUAGACUCGUCCUACUUUGCUGGCUACCUCAUAACACAAGUUCCCGGCGGUUUCUUCGCAUCUAUGUACCCUGCGAACAAGAUCUUCGGCGCGGCUAUAGUGGCCUCUUGUCUCUUUAACAUGGCGAUCCCAGGAGCUAUGACUAUCGGACCUGCAGCUGUUGUUAUGCUUAAAGUUGCCCAAGGGUUUGUUGAGGGUGUCACCUAUCCAUCUUGUCAUGGUAUUUGGAGGGUCUGGGCGCCACCUCUAGAACGUUCUAGGUUGGCAACGCUUGCCUUCUGCGGAACUUACGCUGGAAUUGUGAUUGGCAUGCCUCUAUCUGGCUUACUCACUGAUUUUAUAUCCUGGCAAACACCAUUCUACUUCUACGGCGUUUCUGGAAUUAUCUGGUAUUUCGCUUGGCUGUGGUUGGUAUUUGAGAAGCCGAGUAAGCAUCCUAGUAUCUCUGGCAAGGAGUUGACCUACAUCGAGCAAUCUCUAGGUACCGCUGCACAAGCCGCUAUGCCCGGAUUUUGGAACACACCAUGGAAGGCUUUCGCUACCUCUCCACCUGUAUAUGCUAUCAUUGUAGCAAAUUUCUGCAGGACAUGGAACUUCUGUUUGCUUGUCAUCUUUCAGUCAGCGUAUUUUAGUACGAGAUUCAAUAUGAAAAUAACAGAGUCCGGUUUUGUGGGAGCCAUACCUCACCUUAUUAUGACUUCACUGGUUCCCAUUGGUGGAAUGAUGGCAGAUUACUUGCGCAAGAACAACAUCAUGUCCACCACAAAUGUACGCAAACUCUUCAACUGUGGCGGCUUUGGGCUGGAAGCUUUCUUCUUUGUUCUUACUGCUUAUGCCGAUAAUAAGUACGUAGCAACUAUCGAGCUGACGCUUGGCGUGGCGUGCAGUGGCUUCGCUAUAUCUGGAUACAAUGUUAACCAUCUGGACAUCGCACCGCGGUAUGCUUCCAUCCUGAUGGGUCUGUCUAACGGUAUAGGAACCAUCGCUGGAUUCAUCGUGCCCAUUGUUAUCGACUAUAUGACUCAGGAUAAGGAAAAUCUGGAAAAGGCGAUAACGGAAUGGCGAGCGGUAUUCCUUGUGGGCGCCACUGUGCACUUUAUUGGCAUCACAAUCUAUGCAAUCUUCGCGUCUGGGGAAUUGCAGCCCUGGGCAGAACCCACACCACCCUACGAGAGUCCCAUGAAAUCCUUGGACAAUGAGACUACUUUCACGCAAGAACCGUCAGCACCACUAAAGGGCACGGAAGCUCCAGCGUAUGGUGCAAUCGCGGCACCUCCGCCACGGCCCCCGGCGCCUCAAGAGCACGUCCCCAACAACCCCUUCGUAUCCGGCGCCUUUUAUCAGGCGGAACCGGUUCAGCCACCAGCGCAAGAGUAUCAGGAACCUAGUGAAGAUGGCACCUAUUAGUCGACUUCUCAGGUAAGUAUCUCAAGU